AGACAAAGUUCUGGGGCAACAAGUGUCAAGGACAAGAAAUCAGGAGAAAGUGGUAAGACUUUUUUCUGACGUUAAGUUUUACAGCCUAUUUAUACUAGAAACUGUUUAUGUAUACCUGCUGAAGCUUGCAUUGUAAUGUAACAUGUAAAUUGCAAAGUGCACCUGUUAGUUAUAUAAUAUACAAUGUAUACCUACUGUAGCUCCCUCUACUGUAAUGGAACCUGUAACUGGUUUGGCUAUUGAGAUUUAUCAUUGAACAACUGAUGCUAUUUUGGAAGCAAAGUGCUAAAGGUUGAGACAUUCUGUUGGUUUCCAUGGAGAUUGGUUUCUAUUUAACAAUCUGCCACAGAAGAGCACCUGUUUUGGCCUUGACUAAGCUCCCCCGUACAUGUAUGUAAUAAACACACACAAUGCAUAACUACUAGAAUUCCAUACCGUUUUGUUCCACAGCAGUGCAACCUGCCAAGUCUUUAGUACACCUGUUAGUGCUAUAGAAGUUAAACUCCAACCAAUGUGUCGGACUUCCAUUUUAGUACAGUUAUGUUUUAUAUGUAAUCGGUUUUGGAAAGGAGUUAUUACAGUUUGAAUGCAUAAUUAUAGCAAGAAAAUCAGAUAAGGGAAACUGCAACUUUAAACCUUUUAAAGUGACCAUGCCUUAUCUGGAAUUUACUGCAUUGAAUAAACUGAAAAUAAACAAUACCUUGUUUAACCUCUUUAAUGAGCUGCUUAAUUUUUCUUUUAAUUGUAAAUUAUUAUUUUUUUAUACAUUGUUAAUCUAGUUCAGACAAAGCCUAUCCAGGGAAAGCCUAGCACCGGCAUAGGCAACCUUCGGCACUCCAGAUGUUUUGGACUACACCUAACAUGAUGCUUUGCUAGCAUUAUGGGGGAUGUAGUCCGCAACAUCUGGAGUGCCGAAAGUUGCAGAUCCCUGGCCUAACAAAUGAAGAGGAGAAAUACAAACCUUGCUUGAUUUCAUCUCUUAUCUGUAUGCUUACUCUGUGCUGGCUGUCGGGUACGAAGGACAGAUCUUGUAACCAUGCAUGAUAGGUAGGGCCAAGGUUCCCAUUCGGUAGAGCAGGUGCCUCUACUGUAGGGGCCCUUAUGUAUAGCACUUAUGAUGUGCCUUGUUUGGGCUUCUGUUGACUGGUGAGGAGAGAGAAGUACCAGGAGCCUUGGCCAGUGUCUUCCUACUGCUCUAUCAAACAUAGGAAGCAAACUAGACUAAAGAGGAGUUAGAGGGUAUAAAGCUCAGUGCUGUCCCAGCUCCUCUAGUGUCUGUGUGUGAGGCUGGACAGGAAGUGGACUGUAUUCCUUCCCAUCUGCCCACUAACAGCCUCUCACACCGGUAAUGCCUCGCAGUAGGAGUAGGGACAGCAUUGAGUGAUACUGUAUUUCAUAUUACAGCUCUAAGUGAUUGAUCAUGCAGCUAUUUAAUAAUUAAUGUCAGUUAUAAUCUUACAUUGCAAAAAAAACUCUUUCAACAUCCUUUUAUCCCCAAUACUAAAUGUAACCCCUUCCAAAACCUCAACAAACGUUCCUUAGUCCCACAUUUAAAGGAACACUAUAUAGUGCCAGGAAAACAAACUCAUUUUCCUGGCACUGCAGCUUCCCCCUCCGCCAAGACCCCCCUCCCAUGCUGCAGAAGGGGUUAAAAACCAUUCUGUCACUUACCUUGUUCCAACACCUAUGCUCCUCGUUGCUGGCUUCUCCCCUAGGGGGAGUCCUAAUGGGCAUGCAUGGCAAUGUCCGUGCUCACAUUAAGAUUUCCUAAUAGGAAAGCAUCAAUAUUUAAUGCUUUCCUGUGGGUUUUUGGGUGAUGCGGGACAUUCCGAUGCAUAGCAUGAGGAUGUCCAGCAUCAGUCUCCUAACAUCCAAAAGUCUCCUAACCAGCCCUGUCUGGUAGAACGUCAAUAGAGAUGGAGUUAACCCUAGCAGCUUAUUAAACUGCAAUAAUUACCUGCUCAGGGUUAAGUGAUCUGGGACAGUGCACCCAGACCAAUUAAAUGAGCAGAAGUGGUCUGGGUGCCUAUAGUGUCCAUUUGAAGAAAUGGGUUUGAUUUGGUUCAUCCUUUUUAAAUUAGAUGGAGCUCGAAUGUAACCUCCUAUUUUUUUUAAAUAAAACUGCAGGAUUGUGAUCAGAAAUUUGCACUUUUAUAAAUGGUCAUUGUUCUAGGAUAUUUUUUUUAUUUAUUUCUGUUAUUUAUACAACAGAUUCAGCAGCGCUGUACACUUAGUGGAAAACAUACAAUAUACACAGACAAAUACAAGAGGUAGAGAGGGACCUGCCUGUAAGCUGAGAUCUAGCUUAGGUGAAGCAACAACUGCUUUCUAUUAGGCCUCAGUGUUUAUACAAAGUGCUUAGCUAGAUUUCCCUUGAGCUUACAAUUUAAAGGAUACAGUGGGGAUUUGAGACAAAAGGUAGCAGGGGGAAUUUGUAAUGGAUAGCUAAAAGAGUUAAAGGAACAGUAUAGUCACCUAAACAACUUUAGCUUAAUUAAGCAGUUUUUGUGUAUAGAUCAUGCCUCUCAGGUUUUACUGCUAAAUUCCCUGCAAUCUAGGAGUUAAAUCACUUUGUUUCUGUUUAUGCAGCCCUUACCACACCUACCCUGGCUAUGAUUGACACAGCCCGCAUAAAAAAACAACUGGUUUCACUUUCAAUCAGAUGUAAUUUACCUUAAACAAUUGUAUCUCUAGCUCUAUAAAUAGAACUUUAAUCGCAUAUAGGAGGCUCUUGCAGGGUCUAGCAAGCUAUUAAUAUAGCAGGGGAUAAAAUUUUAAUUAAACAGAACUUGCAAUAAAGAAAGGAUAAAUGUUAGAUGACUCUUUACAGGAAGUGUUUAGAAAGGCUGUGCAAGUCACAUGCAGGGAGGUGUGACUAGGGAUAAUAAACUGUGAUUUAAUGCGUAAAUGGCAGAGAAUUGAGCAGUGAGGCUUCAGGGACAUGAUCUAUACACCAAAACUGCUUCAUUAAGCUGAAGUUGUUUUGGUGACUAUAGUGUCCCUUUAACAGAGAAGCAGCUAUUGGUAGAAUAUAAAGGGAAUGAAGAGGUAAUUGAGUGAGACUCUCAAACAGCUGGAGGAGCAUGCUAUAUAUUAAGGGGAAACUGGGUGAGCGGGUAGUGCUGAGAAAAUACUCUAACGGAUACUUCUCACGCAAAAAGCACUUCACUUUCUAGUUGUGGAGUGGUCCUUUAACUUGUAAUUUUCAGGUGUGGGAACACCAAGAUGUAGAAACCCACGUCUCUACAUGUCUUGGCUCUGUUCCAAAGCCUUCAGUGACCUGUUGGGCAAAUCACAAGAAUAGAACCCAGGUUCUGCUUUCAAUCAGGCCGGAGCACACAAUUCAAACCAGACUAAAACUUACUAACAAAUUUACAAUUUAUUUCAUUCUAAAUACUUCGAUAAUGAAUAUAAAGUUCUAUAAUCUGACUAGGGUGUUUUCUCCAAAAUUCUCUUUCUCAAUAGAAUGGACAAGGGUAAUGGCAUGCUAGUGAAUAUAAAAUGUAUCUUCCUUUUUUAUUCAGAAUUCACAAUGUAGCACUUUCACCUGAUUUCAGCUUCCAAAAUCAGAGCUGUGCCAUUUAGUGUCAAUUAGUAUUGUCAAUUAACACAGAAAUCUCACUACACUACAGUUAACUAAUACUAGCCAUGGAUUGUGCAUUGAGAGUUUUAUAUUUUACAUUUGUGUAUUCUUGACAUGCAAAUACAAUGCCAUGUGUGAGUGCAUGUUUUUGUCAGACACUAUUGAAGGAAUGAAGUUUGUCAAUUCUCUGAAAGAAAAAAAACAAAACAAUAAAGUUCUAUUAAAUUCCUGGCACUGCAUUCUGGUAGAAUAUAGAUCUCUACAUUUGUGUACAGGAUAGAACUGAUUAGUGCUGAGGUUAAAUAGACCAACUGGCAGACUUUUUUUAGGCAGUUGUGUAUUCUACACUGUUAUGGCAAAAAUAAAGAGAACAGCAUUUUUUUUUUACUAGAAAUCCUGCUUCAGAAGUCCUAUCCCAUGCUAUCUUAAAGGAUAGUUUGGACACCAUAACUUUGUCUACAUGAAGUUCUUUUGGUGUAGGCCACUGGGAGUGGUCAGCUGAUGGUUUGGCCAAUUAGUGACUUCCCAUUCACAAAAUUGACUUGGGGAAAAGAUACAUUUCUUUACAAUUUUGUGGGGAACCACUGAUUGGCUGAGAGAAUCAGCUGCCCGGCAGCAAUCUGCACUUCCUGAAACUAAAUUUUAGAAACAGAGUGCCACCUGGGAGAGCUGAGAUCUGCACUGGAGGCACUCUUAACCCCUUGAGGUAAGAGUGAGGCUCUUGGCACCAUAACUUCGUUUAGAUGAAGUUUUGGUGCCUGGAUUGUACCUUUACUCCUUCUCCAUACAUGGCCCAAUUAGAUUCCUGUAAAGACCUUAUAAUAUUUGCUUUUUAGAUGCCAUAAAACUCCAUUACUAAAUUAACCAAAAGGUUUGUGGAACUGUGUGAAGGUCAUGUAAGAAAAACCUAAGACUUUGAACAAUCCAUCACUGCAAAAUUAAGCAUGCUGACAAACUUUGGCUCAGCCACACUUGAUGUAAACUUCACCUGGCGUAGCUCCCAGUAAGGUGUUUGAAGAAUCAAUAUAAAACAAUAGUACUGUCUCACCUUAAGGCAGUCGUAGAAGAAUUCAGAACACACUCGUUAUGGAGAGGACAACCCUACUGUACAUGCGCAGGAAACAAAGAUUGGGUUAUUUUUCAAGAUGUAUUUACAUGACACCAUUAUUGUGGUAGAGUAUUGUUUGUAUUUUAAAAUUGACCUCCUUUAUACAAUUCAAAAGCUUUUGCUUAACUGCAUUUGUUCUCUAUAACUAAAGGGUUUUGUUUUAUUUUUUAUUUUAAAGGGACACUGAAGCCACCCAGACCACUUCAGCUCAUUGAAGUAGCCUGGGUGCUGUGUCCCUUUCGCACUUGGUCCUGCAAUGUAAAACAACGCAGUUCCAGAGAAACUUCAAUGUUUACGUUGCAGCUCGAAGCCUGCCCUCAGUGGCUGUCUACCAGACAGCCACUAGAGGGCUUCCUAAAUCGAAAUAGACUUUUGAUCAGUUAUUUGGAGCUGGACAUCCUCUCGCUCUGCAUGAGGACCUCCAGCUUCAGAUUAUUCCCCAUAGGAAAUUAAUGGGCAUUAGACCCCACUUGUAAAGGGAUGGAGGAGGGGGGCGGAUCAUCACAGAGGGACCUUGGCCCUCUGAUCAGGUAAAUAACCCUUUAUUUACUGGGGGGAGGGUGGAAGGCACAAAGGAGGGGGGAGGCAGCGAUAGUGCCAGGAAUACAGCUUUAUUCCUUUAAAGUAGAAAUACCAGUUACACAUCCAUAUAUAUACAAGUAGCAACCAAAUAUUGGACAUCAUAACAUACAGACAUUCCUAAAUAUAGAAUAAAAUUUAUUUACAAACUAUUAGAUGCAGAUAGUGUUGGAGAGAGAGCCGUAACUAGAAACCACGGGGCCCCGGUGUAAAAAUUGCCCUGCCCCCCUAUAUGUCCAUGCCCCCACACACACAUGUAGACAUACAGAUGCAGAUUGACACACACAUACAUACAGAGACCCAUACAUACAGACACACACACACACACAUGCACUCACAGACACACACAAAUUAUUCAUAUCUCCUACCUGGAGAGGUGGUGUGGAUCUGUCCCUGGGGUCCAGUGGGGCUUCAGUGAGGAUGGCGGCUGUGUUCCCGGCAGAGGCGGCAAAGGGAGCUGUGUGUUCCCUACUCUGCUCCCUCAUGCCUUGUGAGCUGUCUACUGAUGCCGGCAUUAGCAAACGGUGUGCAAGGGAGCAGAGUAGGGAGAACACGGCUCCCUUUGCUGCCUCUGCCAUAACACAGCCGCCCACCGGAGGGGUGGGGGAGGGCCAUUAGGUGGCCAGCAGGCCACAUCUACAGCUCCCUUAUGACAGGAGGAAAACGGGGGGCUGCAUCACGGUCUGACAGUUAGUUCUCUUAGUGAGCACUUCCUCACAGACCGUUCAGCCAGGGGAGCAGCACAGCUCUUCUCGCCUGUCAGACACCCGGGAGGUAUCCAUCCAGCCCACUGUCGCAGGAGUCGAUGGAGUGAGGGGCCCGGUCGCAGCUGCGACCCCCUUUGACCGUAGUAGGUACACCACUGGUUGGAGAAUGAUUGUUUCAUAAAGCUAGGUCCUACGUUUCGCAGAUAGUCUAGCAGUUUAGCAGAUAGUCUCAAUGUAUCCAGGAAUGUAAAAUGCCCGUUCUAUUAUUCCAGCCCAGAACGAAGUAGUGACCACGUAUUGAUAGAUGCUCAUGUACAUCUCAAAGUCUCCUUUUGUAUGUUUUAUUAUUAUUAUUAUUAUUAUUAUAUAUGUAAUGGUGGUCUUUAACAUAUAUUACUGUCAUCUGAGCUGGGGUAUUGCUGACCGGGGUGGGGGGUAAAUAAAACUGAAGCGAGAAAAGAGACAAAUGUUUGCAAAAAGUAGAUAAGUUAAAGACCAAGAAAUGCAGGUUGGUGUAUGUCCCAAAAAUGUGUUUGCAUAGCCUACCGUGGGAAGCCAUUUAAUAAGUUGACGCACUCUCAUGGAAAUACUAUUGAACUCUGAUUAACAUGAACAAUCCUCCCGAGUGUUUAGGUCUAGAUAUGAUACUGUAAGAAAUACUGGGGUGUUUAGAGGCCCUAAUAAAUGAUGAGAAUAAUUUCCAUGUCUCUUUAUGGAAAAAAAGUAGGUACAGCUAAAGUGAAACUUGUAGAAAAUAGAGUAUACUGGGAAGAACAUUCAUUUUAGGAAUGUUAAUUUUACACAACCAAUUGAAAUGAGGCACUUGCCGUUUUAUGAGAUCAUGUGAUUCUUCCUGUAGUAGUGUGGGGGUGAGGAAUGAAGUUCGUAAAGCUUUAAAACCGUUUGGUAGAAGCACUCUGAAAUAUUUGGCCCGAGUGAAGGGAAAUGUCUCUACUUGAGAUGCUUCCAGCAUGGGAUCAAUGUGGGGUGCACUGCUGUGUGGGUUGUCUUAUUUUGAAUAUAAGCAAUUCGUAACUUUAAUUACCACUCUCAAAGGUACUCCAACCUACUUAGUAAACUAGAAAAAUCUGGUCUACUGAGAUUUCAGAAGUAGUGCUAAAUCAAAUAUAGGACUCCAUUUAAUAUUGUUAAACAUGCAUUUCAAAUUUCUUUUAAUAUUAUGAAAAAAUAUUUUAAUAUUAUAUUGUAUUUUUUAAAUGGAUAUGACAAAUAAAUAAAAAAAAUAUAUAUCAAAAUUGCGAGUUGUAUGUUGAAAUUUAAAAUAUUUAAAACAUAUUAAAUCUUUUGGAAAGCUUAUCAAACAAUAUUUUAUCAAGGCCUUAGUUCUUUGUCAUGGUUCGGUGAUACAUCUCUGAUCAAAGAUAUAUUUAAACUUGAAAUAGUUUGUGUGUUUGGUAUCUAUAUUCCACCAAAAGUGCUGUGAUGCCAUGUAUGGUCUACUAUCCCCAGGAAGAAUGUUUUUGUGUUAAUAUCAAUUGUGUGAUUUAAUUGGUUCUUGGGGUAGAAUAUUUGAAGUCAAGCUCCAGUGCUUCACUUUAUUUUACAUGAUUAGCAGUUGAGGAAUUAAGUCACCCAGGUAGAAGCUCACCUGUUAGAGAAAAAUGUUAUAGCAGCCUUGUGCUGCUCAUUGCUGGGAUUUGGGAAGAGCAGGACAAGCAGCGAGUGAGACUGGAUUCCUCUCCAAAAGAGCCUCUUGAGAAAAUGUAUAUUAAGGACAUAAGAAAAAGUUACGUUUUAGAAAGUCUGUGCUCAAAUUUUCUGUUUUUGUUUUGUUAGCCGCGGAUAAGCUGCCAAAGUAUAGUUAGUAGCAAGUGUUAGAGCAAGACUUAUCUUUCUGUUUGAUUCAAAUUGUUUAUUUGCCAGACCUAUUAAUAAAGACUGCAAUUUGUGUGGUAUUUCAAUCCAUAAGACUGUGCUAUAUGGCCCCAGGUCACAAUAUAUAUAAUAUGGUACAUUGACGUUGUGGCAGGCUUGAUCAAUGUAUAGGCUAAAGCAAUAUCUUCAAAUGCUUUCAAUUUUUUAAAUACUUGAUACUCCUGUAUUCAAGACUUGUUAAAUAUAUUUAUUUUCAAAUACAUCUGAAACAAAUAAGCAUUCCUUUUUAUCAUUUAUAUAGUGGCAACCCUUUUUUGCAGCACUUGACAAAGGGGGUAAUUUUACCAAUGAGACAACUGCAAAAUGUUAAAGGAACAACAGGCUGAUGACCCUGUUCGAAAGAGCUCACAAUCCAUUUAGCGAGACUGUACUGGUUCAAAUGGAAUGUGAAUUUCUUAAAUGUGUGUAGUGCAAAAGACACAAAACCCUGUUGAUAUAAGGAGUACUUUAGGGUUGGUGACAUGCAUGGGGCGUGCCUGGUGGUCUCCCUGACCGGUGCUGUGAUUUCUCUGCCCACCAACAGUCACUGGCUGCAGUCACAAGCUUGACCUGUACCUCCAGGCCAAGUUCUCAGCUCCUCUUACUAGAUUAUUUGCAGUGGCAAUUCUACCAUAUAUCUCCCGGUUCCAGAUGGAAAGAGUUGUCUGCAGCCCCCUAUCUCCAAAUACAGUCCCCCCACUACUGCCCCAUAUCCUCACAAUAGUACUGAUCACCCCAAGCUAUAUUGGGCUGAGGGGGAGCUAACUUUAAUUUCCCUUCCCAUCUUGUACUAAAUGGAAAUUCCACUACUUCCUACAUUGAUAUACAAUACUCACAGUGGCCCAAACUAAUCACUCACUGCCACACAUACCACUCACGCUCCCCACACACAGCCAGCCUUAUAUAUCACACACAAAGCUACAACACUUACAGCUAACCUAUACCAGACACACCCACACCUCACAUCCACUCAACAUUUUAUUACUCCCAUUGUAAGACCCUAAAAAAUAAAUGGCAUAUGGGAAUAAUUUCCUGGUGCCGAUGCUAAUGAAAGUGUGUGCACGCCUACAGGGUGCCAAAAGUGACACCCUUAAUGUAAAAUGAGAUAUGGACAUAGGGGGAAAAAAGAGAUGGGUCAAAAGGCUAGAAGUGCAGAAAUAUCUUCCGAUGGUUAUUUGAGGUGGUGAACAAGUAAUCAGACAGAAAAGACAGCUGUGGCCCAAAUGAUUCUUAGUGUUAUUUGAGUUAUUGUUUAGGUCAAAUACUAGUUGCCAAGUAUACAUUAUUAAAACUUUGUAUCUGUAACAUGUGCGAUAAAGUUAUUUUGCGGAAUCUGCUGUCAGAAUAAAUCCCUCAUCCUAAUAAAGCAGGCAUGGAUUAUUCUUGUUCAUUUGCUGUUCUGAAAUGUUUACAUUUAUUUGGAAAAUGUCGCCCACACAACUCUUAAUUUUUUUUAAACAAUUUUUUUUAACUCUAAACCGUACCAGUUUAAACCUUACUAAAGAGAAAUGGAAAGCAAGAGUGAAUGUUAUUACAAUAUAGACGUUGAGAACGGUCAAGCGCUCCUUGGUGAAUUUAUUCUUGGUGAUAUUUCUAAUAGACCAUAUAUUGUUUGAAAUAUUGCUGCUGUUGACUUGAUGUAAGCAAGUUAUCAGCUGUGUCUCACCGUGCACAAGUCUACUAAACAGUGUUCUGUAGCACUGGAGCUACUAAUUCAAAUGUUUAAAGGGGAGCUGUCACUUAAAAAAAAAAACUUUAACAUUUUAACUUAUCCAUUCAUUUAACAAAUGCAGGUUUUGGCGUCUAAAAUAAAAAUUAAAGCGGUUCAGAUCACUGUAUCUGUAAAUCAUUGUUUUAGGUUCUGACAUUUUCUGUUAAUGGGGGGAGGGGGGAAGGAGGUGGUCACAGGCUUUUUUUUUUGCAAAAUAAAAUUUUAUACAUGCCCAAAAAGACCAUCAAAGUGGCGGGAGAAACAAAGGAAGUGAAAUACAAUACUUGUCUGGUGUGGAAAGUGAUGGAUAGACAAAGGCUUAAUAAAAAAAAAUUAAAAAAAAAUAAUAAAACCCAACCAAUAUACUAACUGCACAAAAAAAAAAUCUGCUAAAAGGAACAAGACUAUCUGACACUUUGAUAAAUUAUAUUUAUAUAAAAAAAAUUGGGAACACACUUAGAAAAUAUAUUUCUAAGUAGUGUUGUUGCCGUAUAGACCAGGACACAUACAUUAUACAGAUAAGGAGGGAAAAGAUGUUUAAAAUUUUUACAAGGCUACCUAGAAUAACCUAUGUUGGCAAACAAAUAUAGGGAUUCAGUUCCACCAUAUGGCUAUAUUUUAAGCCCACCACUAGGUCACAAUACCCCAAUGUCCGUGGGUCCUACAUGAAUUUUAACGUGGGAGAUUAACAUGCUAACUGCAAUAAUUUGAUAAAUAUCCCUGGAAGUUUAUCCUUAUUGCAAUGUGUGCCCUGGAAUGUUAUGAAAGUAUUUAGAAAAUUGGGCAGACUAGAUGGGCCGAAUGGUUCUUAUCUGCCGUCACAUUCUAUGUUUCUGUGUCAAAUUUCUACAUCUUUAAUACUUUCACAUAGCAAAAAACAGAAAGUUUUUCCCUAUAAAGUGUCUAAUUUUUAGAGAGGUGAUCGUUCUGAAGUAAGUACAGGAAUAUUAUAAUUAACUUUUUGGAUUCAUUUAUGUACUUCCUGCCAGAAUUGUGAGUUUAGGACAAUAACAAAAAACAUGUGAAAGCAAGCCAAUCAUUUGAGUUUCUCCAACAUUUAUCUGAACAUCUGGAGUUUCUUUUAUUCAACCUAUAUUGGAUAAAUACCAUCUAUAAAUUAUUUUGAAAUGGUUUUCCCAAUAAUUGGAGCACUGUGUACUCCUUUAAGAGCUGGUACAAAUUUAAGCCAUUCCUCCAGGUUGUAACAAGCUCCCAUAUCCUUUUCCCAUGCAAGCAUGUAAUCCUCUUUUAAUCUCGGUGUGGCCAUUCGAUAAGAGUAACAUUGAGAUAUCGUACCGCAUUUAUUAGGGUUAUGUAAGUAUGUUUUUUACAGAUCAGAUAAUGCAUUUUCUGUACAAUUUUGAUCUCCAUGUUGAAUGUAAAAUAUAUUUUAUUAAUUAAUAUGUGUUCUAAUUGCAUAUUAUCUUCUUGGCCAAAUUUAUCUUUACGUUUCAUAAAAGGCAUUAAAGAAUUACCUAAGAAAAUCAUUAAAAUUUUCAACUGAUUUUGUGUGCCAAUUAUCCAAAUUUAAAUCCGGAAUAUCUGGUAUUACUAGUCAGCAGCAUUACUCACAGCCACCAAGAGAAAGGGCCAACUACCUUGAACACAGUAUCGCAAACUUUGAUGGUAAUCUUAGUAGUGGGAAACAUCUCAGCUAUCCUGGGUCGCCCAGACAUCUGAAGUCACAGUACUUCUUUAAUAGAAUAUGGUGACAUCCUAUCAUUUUCCAUCUCAAGCCAUCGUGGAAUCUAAGGCCAAACGUGUAGGCCAAACUUAAGUGCUGUAGCGGCAUUAGUUGCCUGGUAAUAAAUAAAUAAAUAUAUAUAUAUAUAAUUUUUUUUUAAUGGGUAUCCCUAAACCUGGACAAGACUUGAGAUUUUGCAAUACUGAAAAUUUUAUUCUGCUCAUCUUAUUUCCCCAUUUAACCCCUUAAGAACCAAACCUCUGGAAUAAAAUGGAAUCAUGACAUGUCACACAUGUCAUGUGUCAUUAAGGGGUUAAACUUAAUUAGAGCAGAUUGAACUGUUUUAAAAAAUGUCUUUGGAAUUGGCAAGGGAAUAGUCCUCAAGUAGUAUAGUAUUUAGGUAAGAUGUUCAUUUUAAUAUAUGUAAUUUUACCUAACCAUGAAUUUUCCAACUUAUUCCAGUUUUCCAUUUCCUAUUGUAAUAUUGGCCUAGCUUUUUUUUUAAGAUUAAAUGUGUACAUACUGUUGAAAUUUCUGCAUAGUUUUACUCCAAGGUAAUCAAUGAAUGAGUCUCUCCAGUCAAAGUUGAAUUUAGUUUUCAAAUCAUCCAGAUCACACUAAGGAAUGUGUAUAGGCAUAGCCUGCAUUUUUCCUGUAUUGAGCCAGUAAAAGGAGACUUCUCCAAACUCCGGUAGUGUAGAAUUUAGGGAGUCACCUGAAGUUUUUGGUUCUGCCAAAGAUAGGAUAAUUUCAUCCGCGAAGAGACCUAUUUGAUAUUCAGUAUUUUUUACUGAAAUUCGCUUAAUAUCUGAUUUCCUUAUCAAUGCUGUCAAUGGUUCCAUCUCUAGAGCAAAUAGCGGGGAAAAUGGGCAGCACUGUCAGGUUCCAUUAGUUAGAUUAGUUGGUUAAUUAGAAAAUUAUCAGAGGUGAAACCUAUAGCAGAAACUUUUGCGAUCGUUUUUUAAUAUAAUGCAAAAAUGGCUUUAACAAUGGGGGUGGGUAUACUAAAUUUGAGCAGAGCUUCCCUUAAAUAGCCCCAGUGAACCCUAUUGAAUGCCUUCUCCGCAUCCAAGGAAAGGAGUAGAGGAGGCAUUAAAUUUGCUUAUAUCGAUAUAUUAUGUUUAUAUAUCUCCUUGUACCAUCUCGGGCCUGUCUCCCUGCAAUGGAAUACACUUGGUCUUUAUCAGCUACCACAGGGACAAUUUGUGCAAAAAUGUUAGCGUAGAUUUUGAUAUCAUUAUUUAUUAAAGAAUUUGUCCAAAAGUUGGCACAGCGGUCAAGACUCUUCCCCACUUCGGCAGAGUGAUUUGCGUGCACAAGUACUCACCUGGCAUUUUUUCCUUCUGUCCAGAAUGCCAUAUCAGACUAAUUUAAUACAAAGGUAUUUUGGAAAAAUGUUUGUAAUAUAUCAUGGUAAAGCCAUCUGGUGCUUUACCACCUGGAAUUUUGUUUAUAGCUGCCAAUACCUCUUGUUGGUAUAUGGCCAAAUAUAAAAAAAUUAAUUUAUCUGGGGCAACUUGGCGUUAGUAAAUUUAGUCUAAAGAGGAUUUUAUUUUUUUCGUAUUAGGUUGUAUGGUUUUUGGAUCAGAGGCCAAAUUGUAUAAUGAUUUAUAAUAGUUUGCAAAUUGGUUACUAAUUUCAAUUGGAUGAGUAAUCUUUUUACCAUCCUCUCCCAACAAAUAUGUAAUUUGUGAUUGCGCUAUUUUCUGUCUAAGUUUAGAUGCCAGCAGGGAGAAGGCCUUAUUGUAUUUUAAAUAAUAUAGCUGUUUAAGUAGUCUUAUCAUGAAUGCUGUUUUUACUAUUUGGAUCACUUUGAUUUUUUUUUUUCUUUUUUAAUUCUUUUAUCAUUGCCAAUAUUUUCCCUUUCUCUAUAAACUGUAAAUAAAUGUCUGAGCUUCAUUUAACACACCAACCAGAUGAAGUGGUCUGGGUACAUUGUCUAUUUUAUCUUUCAAUAUCAAAUUAAAUAUCAAAAUGGCAAUGUUUUAAAUUGAAGUGUUAAAUACACCCCUAGGGGCAGUCUUCCUUAUAGCAUAUAGAGGCAUUUCAUCAUCAGGAAGAGUCAUUAUAGUGCUUAUUGUGAGCAUUUGAUUGGAGUAGCUCUGCAUUUUACCGCACAUGUCCUAUCCCCCAUGCUUCUCUGAGAAGCAUUGGAUUGGUUGAGAUCACGUAAGACAUCAGGGGGCAUACUGAAUGACUAUGAAAGUAGACAUGAGUAAACUUUAUUUAGCUAAACUUUUUACCAGCAAAGUGAGCUGAGGUCACAAUUAUAGAAGGGAACUUGUGGUCCCAAAAAUUAUUUUCAAUUCUAGAGGUUCCUUAUAAAGUUGCAAGAAAUCAAAUUAUCCUUAGCCUGUAAAGCUACCACUCCUACACAUUUUGUACCCUAAAACACAUCCUGGCAGUUAGUGUAAUAUGCUUUAACUUUACAGCUGCAAUUUUAGAUAAUGGAAUGUGAUAUUGUUUCACCUCUUGUUGCAAACCUGAGUAAUAGAGUAUUUGAAAAAUUCUAGAGGAGAAAUAGUAGGUCCGUAAUUAUAGUAUAGAAUACCCAGUAAGUGGUAUAAUCAUUGCUGCCUUGAGCAGUGCACGGUUUCGGCUUACAAAGAUUUUUUAGUUAAUUCACCUUCCAUUUCCUUUUCUCUUUUAAACAAAAAACUGCCCUAUUUGUCUGCAAUGAUUAUAAAUGUUUAUUAUUCCAAGACAAAAUAAUAUGGUCGAUUUGGGUCAUUAUCUCAUUUAUCAUAAUUUCCUGAAAUCGCCUAAAGUCUUGGUGUUUUUUUGUUUGUUUUUUUUCUCCCUUGUCACUGCCUUUUUAUAAAUCAUUCAUCAAUCUUUCAUAUUUUUUUUUCCAAUUUAUUUUUAUAUGUUGGCAUCCAUCAUCUCUGUGUAAACAAAAGCAAAACCUGAGGCCUUUCCACUUUUGUAUAUAUGGUGUAUAUAUUGUUUGGAGUAUCUGUUUGUGAAUACAGGUGGUAUCGGUGUAGUGUGUGUGUGAAUGCAGGUGUGUAUGCACCCAAUGCCCAUGCCUCACCCUUCUGUCAGUCCCUACAUUGGCUUCCUAUAAAAUAUAGAGCUCAAUUUAAAAUUCUGGUUCUUGCUUUCAAAUCUCUACAUAAUGCUGAUCUAUCGUCCCGUCUAGGCCAUUACGCUCUGCUGAAGACUUACGUCUAUGUUCUGUCCGUACUCUCACCUCUAAUGCUCGCCUAAAAGAUUUCUCGAGGGCUGCACCGUUCCUGUGGAACUCGCUUUCCUCCUCCGUUAGAUGCUCACCCUGUCUCCACUCCUUCAAAAAAUCAUUAAAAACCCACUUCUUCAUAAAAGCGUAUCAAUUAAACUGUUAAUAGCUCCUGACUGAUUCCUCUUCUGCAACUGUCAUUAGUCCAAUACUAUCCUUACCUUUUUGUGUUAUUUUCCCCUACUCCCUCUAGCAUGUAAGCUCAUUGAGCAGGGUCCUCAACCCCUCUGUUCCUGUGUGUCCAACUUGUCUGAUUACAAAUACAUGUCUGUUCGUCCACCAAUUGUAAAGCGAUGCGGAAUUUGACUGCGCUCUAUAAAUAUCAUAAUAAUAAUAAUUUAUUCUCAUCCAUGCCACCUUUCUAUAUGUCCUCUUUAUGUCCCUUAUUCUACCAGUCAUACCUUAUUUCUUUGCCCCUUCCUCUAACCAAUUGGUUUGAUUACAGGAAGAAAGUAGUCCUAUUUUUAUAUGAGCUACUACUUGCUUGUUCCUCGAGGCUCGCUUUGCUUGGAUGUCACACUUUACUACAGCGGGAGUGGCCAGGAGCAGUGUGUAGAAGCAGCCCAAAUACAGCACCUCGAAGGUGCACUUGGAGGCUAGCACCCGUGCCAUUACACAGAGAGGGAGUAGUGAAUGGGCUCUCCGAUUACACUGUUGGUAUUACAUUAGCAUGCCAUGGUUAUAACUUUAUUAUAUACCUUUUUACUUUAAGAAUCUGAUCUAUUUAUACUUUCUUUAUAUGAGCAUUGUGCUCAAUUGCAGACAUUUUUACAUUCUGCCAUUUUUAGAAAGCUGUACUGCUAGUAAUAAUUUCAAGGUCAUUCCAAAUAUCUACAGGCAGGCUAUUUAUAUUUAUCUAUUUUGUCACACCUACUGUAAGUGAGAUUUUUUUAUUUUUGCAUUUAUAUUAGUUUCAGACCCUGUGUGAAAUAUUGCAAGAUAAGGGAUACUGUAUAGCUCCCAAAGCCUUUUAUUAACCCAAUAAUUCUACAACAGGUGAAUGAAUACAUUUUAUUAAAAUUUGUUAAAUUUUCCAUAAACCUUUAUUAUGCUUGUGUGUAUUUUUCAGACAAUCGCUUUUUAUUAGGUUUCUGAUCUAGCGAUGAAUUCCAUAUUUCAAAUAAAUGUAAUGCUAAUACUUUUUUUAAGUUCUUAACAGCAAAUUGUUUGUAAGAAAUCCCCCGGCCACACGAGGAAUCCACUCCGAGGUACAUUAUCCUCUUCCCUUUCCUUUUUUGGGGGGGGGAAUUUUUUUUUAAUUUGGGGAUUACAAAGUUGAGAGAGGAUGUCCAAUAGUUACAGAUAUUGUGCUAGUUCUUACUAUAUCUUUAUCUUUGGCUUAGAAUGCAACAUGAUAUACUGAAUAAUAUUCUGUUACAUUCUAUUUGCUGCUCUGAAGAUUUUUAAAUUUAAAGCAAACACUUUUUUAUGUAUGUGUAUUUGUGUGUGUAUGUUUGGCCGGUAUUUGUGGGAGGAGUAAUGACCCCUAUUUAAACUCCUACCCCCCUACUCACCUUUGCCGUUCAAGCUGUUUGUCCAGCGGGAGCAACGCCGAUCGCCACCGGGGGAACGACGGUGAUCGGGUAAGUACAUGUGACCGUUAUGACGGUUCAGGAUCCUGAACCGUCAUCGGUCGUCAAAGUUUUAAACAGCUGACCGCAAUGUACAUGGCUUUCAUUUAUUCUUUCGUGCGGUCCAUUAACCGACCGCAGGUAUUUCUCUUCUGCUUAUAGUCUUCUCUGUUUGUUUUGGCCGAACGCAGGAGGCUUCAGUUCACUAAUCUGUUGUUAAAUGUAUUUUGUUAUGCCAUUCAUUUAAACGAAAGAACUCACCUUUCACAUUUUCUGCAUCCUAUUUUAAUUUAUGUGUUAAGCAUAUGGCUCAUCAGUUACCUCUGGCUAAAAUAUUAAAUCUGUUUUUCACUAUUCCUCGGCUAUGGUCAUAUAAUUUAUGGGACACACCAUUUUUACACAGGGGUAUUCUUCUUAAAGGUACGGUCAGGCCAUAAUCACUUAAUAAGUAACAGUAUACUAAUACACCACUAGGCACCAUUAUUUACUCCCGCUGGAACUUAGUCUCUCAUAUUAUAAAUUAAUUUCCUUUCCCUAAUACACAAACUAGUCUUCUGUGUAACUAAGGUCACUCCGUUAACUACAUCUUUUUCUUUGUUUUGGCAUGUCAUAGGUUAAGCUCUAAUGGUUCCUUUUCACCAGGCUCAUUAUAGACCAUAAGCAUGAUUGCAAAAUCUGUUUUCCUAAAACCUUAUAUACUGGUUCCUUAGGAUGCGUAUGUUUUUAGGCUCUACUAGAGUUCCUUCAAACAGUCUCCAGGAGGUGGUAUCCCAGUAUCCUGUAUUACUGUAUCAGGUAAGAAGGUUUACCAGUUGUUUUUUGUCUUCCCCUUGAGGCCUCAUUCAGCCUCCACGGCCUCAUUCAGCCUCCCAAUGUGGGUUCUAAACGGGCCAGGGCUAAGAUUCUUCACUACGAUUUCAACAACAAUCACCUAGACCUACACCACUUUGCUACUACUAAUUUUAACGGUACGUUGCUUGUCUUUCAUUUCUACAUAUCAUUACUUAGACCUCCAUCAUUACCACAGUUUUGCCAAGUUCUACACCAUCAACCUCAACAUUAAGGUUCAGCCCCACGACCAAAUCAUAGUUAGCCACCUCGCUUGCCCUUCUUUAGGGCUACAGCUAGGGCUUCCCAAGUCACGGCCACACAUUUUGAAUCUCUUACGGUCACCGAGAGGUCAUCACCCUGCCACCACGUUUAAGUGGCCAUGAAUUCCCUCGGCCCAAACCAUAGGUAGAGCCUCUCAUCGCCACUUGGCACUAGCAGGGCCUCACCUGUCACUUGGUUCUAGGUAAAUUCUUCGCCUCGGCACUAGUUAGCAGGCCAGUUCUCUGAAGGUCUCAUCCCCACCUCCAUGACACCCUACUUAUCCAAAUCAUUAAUCCUUUUCAGAAUGUCACAAGAAUCCAUCCCAAUCAUCGAUCUGCCGUUGGACGAAAUACCCAGCACGCCAGUCAGGCAUGGGUCUCCAGAGGAAUCCCUCACCCUUUCUACCCCUAGAUCCCUGAGAUAUUGGACCAUUCCUAAAAUAUCAGCAGAGCUCAGACUCGGGGGGGGGUAUCCCCUUUCCAGCCAGUGCUAGAACAGCAGAACUAUCCGGCUCCUGACGGCACAGGUCAGCGACCCUAGGCCCAGCACUAGUUUGCAAGGGCCAUCAGCUAACAGCUCAAAUUCUACUCAGGAGACCCUGGCUGCUAUUUCAGCAAACCUCCAAACAAUCAACAGGCUGCUGAAAGUGGAAUCUGCCAUAGUCACACCAGGUGACUUGACAGGCCCCGCAUUCCCUCCCCUGAUUGUCUCGGCCAUUCAGACUGGCAUACCCCUCAUCCCCCCUCCUCCACCAGCCACUAUCACUACCCUAUACGUCUCACCGGCCCACUCUGUUCCAGCUUCCAAAAAGAAGGAAAUUCUUGAUGGAAAGGAUGUUAAUCUAGUGUCACUACUCAUAGCCUCCCAAGGCAUCCUAGAGAACAGAGGUUAUAAAUUAUGGUGACAUUACAGUAGUACCAAAAGCCAGAGAUCCACAACUUAAUAAGAAACUUUCCAUUCCCCAGUUUGUCAUCGCCUUUGGCAUUUAUCGUGGCGUUAUCUGCACGGUGUACCCACAUAGGUGGGAAGAGCUUGAUUUAUACAUGCACAAGGUGGUUGACUUAGGCAUCAAGUACGGAGGGUCCUCAUUUUAUGACUAUCAUAAAUCAGUGUCGGCCAAGGCAGCUACUCAUCUGGCACAGUUCAACAUAAGAAUCGACUGGUGCCAGAUGGACACAGAACUGUUUUGCUGUCACUUUGCUGGUUUGAGGCCCCCAUCCUGUGCCUCCUGUAGUUCCACUUCUCACUUCACUGACUUGUGCCCUUGCGAGGCAGACCCUUCCACUUCCACUUCUCACCACUCCUUCACCACACACACAAGACAGGAAGGUGGGCAGAGGGACAAGCUGGGCAGACCCAUUUAAUUAGGGGAGCAGGUGUGCAAUAACUUUAAUGCAGUUUCACUGCAUGCAGGUUGUUGCACAUCUGCUCCAUUUGCUCCAGAGCUCACACCAAGUCUAUGUGCCCGGACAAAUUGUCACCUAAGAAACGAAUAACCGAGGUUAACAUUGACAUACUGGAUUAAUAUCUGCAUUCACACCCAGCUAGGCAUCUGGUAGAUUAUCUGGUGACGGCUUUCUCACUGGGGUUUCACACACCUUAUCACCAUCCCCACAGGUACACUCGAAUGCCCUAACCUAUUAUCUGCAUCCAAUGACCCACUUACGGUGGACCACCUUCUGUCCACAGAAAUCAAGGCUGGUUUCAUGAUCGGCCCUUUCUUGUCUUCACCAUUCUCAUCUUGGCGUACCAACCCCAUCGGGAUAGCCAUUCACAAAUACUCCAAUAAAAACAUUUGAUUAUAGACCUCUCUGCACCACAUUCUUCCUCCAUUCCCAGCAUCAAUUCUCUCAUACCCACUGAGGAGUUCUCACUGCAAUAUGCCAAAAUUGACAAUGCCAUGCAAGCUAUUAUUUCAGCAGGUAGCAAGGCAUGGUUAAGCAAGACAGACAUAACCAACACCUUGAACUGCUACCCAUUCACCCUUCACUACGGCACUUGUACGGUGUUAAAUGGAGUAAUAAGUAUUUUUUCCUCUACGCGGCUUACGUUCGACUCUAGGAGCAGCCCAAAGUUAUUUGACAUCUUCUCAGAAACCCUCUGCUGGCUGCUCCUAAACAUAAUCAGGUGUCCAUCAGUUAUCCACUAUCUGGAUGAUUUUUUGUUGAUUGAACCAGGAUCACAAACACCUAGCAGUAGUCACAGCAGUCCUUUUCACCACACUUGGGGUCCCUCUGUCACCAAGCAAAACUCUCGGUCCCUCUACCAAGCUUGUUUUCUUAGGUAUAGUCUUGGACACCACUACUUUCCAAGCCAGUCUACCACCAGAUAAACUGACUCACAUUAGGGAAGAAAUUGUCCUGUUCAUGCGGAGUGUUACGUGCACAAGGAAGGGACUCUUAACUUCGCGAUGUGUAUCAUUCCGCACGGUAUGUCUUUUGUCUCUAGGCUACUUAAUUUGCUCCAUGGGGUGCCCGACUCCUGCCCAAUCAUUCUGGACGAUCCGGCCAGGGCAGUUUUACACAUGUGGAGUAGAUUCUUGGCUGAAUUCUUUGUUCAUUCCUCCACUUUCAGAGCUACAAUUUACACAGACUCAGUAGCACACACAGGGUUCACAGCCAUUUUCAGCAACCUCUGGUUUAGGGAUCACUGGACCACUGACACGGAUGCCUUGCCAGCCUUUAGAGAAACAUCCACAUUGUUUGAGAUCUACCCCAUCGUGGUAGCCGCCCACACAUGGACCGGCAAGGCAGUAAAAUGCUACUCAGACAACUCCACAGCUUGUGAAAUCAUUAACAAGGGGCGGUCAUCCUCGUUAACUAUUAUGAGGCUGAUUCGCAAGCUGACUUGACUGGCAGCAACCUCUCAGUUCCAUUUAGUCUGCAUUCACAUUCCUGGUGUCCACAACACCGCUGCUGACGCUCUUUCACGCUCUCAAUUUCAGGUUUUCUUCCAGGCACUCCCUAUGGCCCACCAUCCAGGAUACCACCAUUCCAUGAGCUAAUCCUGGACUAAGCGCACUAUUACACAAGGCACUCGCGCACCAUGCAUUUUCACCCAACAACACUAUCACUUACGCUAGGGCACUGACUAUUUUAACAAUUCACUGCAGAUUUUACUUACAAGGAGACUUUUCCAUUAAAACUAUGGUGGUUUUUGCCUCCUCCUCUCACCUACACCUUAAAUUAUCACACAAUACCAUAAAACUCUACCUUUACCGGGGUACAACACCACGUCCUCACAACCUGCCCUAAUCACACAACUUUCUUAACCUCCUACCCUGGCACUCCACUAUUACUACUUCAAGGGCACCCACUCACUACAGCUAAAUUCAUUUCUCACGAAAGAACCCUACCAUCAAGGUUGGGCUACAACCUGGCUUCCUUCUCUGGUCAGUCAUUUAGUAUAGGCACAGCAUCCUCAGCUUCAAGUUCUAACGCCCCAGUCCACAUGAUCAAGAGACUGGGACGCUGGAAGUCCUCAGUUUAUUUACUUAUAUACCUAGACCAGAGAGGGAGCUCCGGCAUGCCUUCAGUAACCUUGCUGUAUAACUUGCAAUAAAGUGUGUUUACUUUGAAUCCUCUUUUUGCCCUCUUUUUAUUACAGGCCUACUCAUACGUUUGUUUCGGCACACCUCAACCAACUUUGCAACUCCUUCUACAUUCCAUUAUGUAUUAGAAAUUCCGAGCACAAGUUAAAAGGCCAUUUGGCCUGAAUUUGUGGGAGGAGUUAUAACCCCUAUUUAAACUGCCAUUCAAGCUCUUUGUCCACACCCACCUACACCCAUCUAUAUAUAUAUUCCACCUUUGUGGGCCCUCUUUUUAUUACAGGCCUACUCGUAUGCUGGUUUCGGCACACCUCAACCAACUUUGCAUCUCCUACGUUCCAUUACGUAUUAGAAAUUCCAAGAACAAAUAUAUAUCUUUCCAAGAGGGCUGCACCCACCUGAACAUGCAUACAUUAUGGGGUGCUGCUUGGGCCAAAAUAUACAAAAUACAGAAUCCAACGCACUCGCUUAUUCACUAAACAAUGAUUUGAAAUCUUAUUAUAAUAGUUUUAUUUAAAAACACCUCACUUAGGCAAAUCCUAGUCAGCAUAUAUGAAAGAAAAAAACACACAGAGGGGGCCAAUGGUGCAGUAACUUAAAGGAGUAAGGCCACAGACAACACUGAGGUUAAGAAAUGCCAACUCACAUUUAUGGGAGCUAUAACCAGCUUGAGUUAAAACAGCAUACAGUGUUAUUUAAACUCCCCACAUGUAGGAUAUUCCUCUGACGAUAUUUUUAGUGCAGGUCAUAUGAAAUAAAAACAUAAGAGAAGGCCGAUAGUGCUCUCUAUAUUAAAAAAAGUGCUGGAUAAAAUAGGAGAUGUACUUACAAUUUACAGAGCAGACAAAUCGCCCUUUGUAAAGCGCCUGGGUGGAAAAACCCCCACCAUUUUUUUUUUCUUUCAUAUAUGCUGAUGAGGAUUUAACCCAAGACGUCUUGAGAAUUUCUGAAGAAUAUACCUGUGAAUUAGACUUUAAUUUGCCUGUUUCCUUGGUAUUUUUUUCUAUUACUUAUUUUAUUUAUUCACUUUGUUCUUGGCGCACCCUGUACUUGUUGUUUUCUGUUUUUCCAGUCCUUUGAACGGUUUUGAGGGUUACCCUGCCUUUCAGGUGUGCAGCCCACCCCCCCCCCCUCCCCCAUUGUGAUCAGUUUGGAUAGCUGUUCCAUCCCUCUUUUUUUCUUUAUUAUAUACAUUAUAGGGUGCUUGAUUCAAUGCAUCUCUAUGAGGAGGUGCUGAUUGGCCAAAAUUGUGUUGGCCCUGCCCCCUUGCUGAUUUUAGCCAAUCCAAUGUUUUCCCCAUGGGAGAAAAAAUCGGCAACUGUGAUGUCACCAAGGGGGCGGGGCCAGUGCCGGCAGACCCGCGCACCGCUGGAAAUAAGGUGAGUUUUCAUCACUUUUAAGGGUGCUGGGGGUGGGGUGGGGGGGGUUCUGUUCCUGACCCUAUAGUGAUCCUUUAACUAUUCAGGACUUCUUCCAAAUGGAACUGUGUUUAUUGUCUGGAGUGCUGCAGGUUUUUCUACUAUACCUUGAAAAUUUAACAUUCUACCUCCUAGCACUGUGUAAUCCUAAAACCUUCCAGGACAACCCAGCAUCGUUCUGACCAUGCUUAUUGCAUUGUUGGUGUAUUGCUUGCCUGCAGCGGUUUCAAGUUAGCUGAGAUAAUAACUCCCACGUCAUUUUCUUUCAUAGCUGCAGAGAUUAUGGCACCAUUAAUCCUGUUCUAGACCCAGGGGUUAAGAAGCAACGUACAUGCUUAAGGGGAAGAAGGAAAGGGGAAAGCAGAGAUCACUAACGUUAAACCACCAGGAAAACUUGAUGGAUUUAAUUUCUCUGAAGUUCUCCUUAUUCGUACUGUACAAUUUAAAUAAAUUGUGUUUUUUUUUUUUCCUUUUUAAUCUCUUUGCAUUUAUUAAUAUCAGUAAAUUAGCAUUGUAAAACCAUAGUUCCACUUUGCUUUAAUGAAGUGGGGAAAAAAUAAAAACCUCAAGCAUAGCUUGGUCAAUACUGCAUCAUGUAACUGGGUUCCAGGUCUGGCAGACUAGCAGCUCAUUUAAAUUUGGCACAAACACCUCAACUGACAAUGUCAAGAUCAGCAUUUUGAAGGAAUUCUCAAAGGUGCAAUUUUUUUUUUUUUUUUUUUGCAUCUUCACUCUUUACAUGAGCAAAACUGACAGGUUCAUUUGCACAUGUAUCUUUAAACCUACAUGUUUUCAUAAAACUGCUUUGGUGCACUUUAUGAAGCCUGUGACAUAUUAUGAGUUUACAUCUGAAAGCUACUGCACAAAUAUUCUAAAUGGGCACCAAGGGAGCAUUCAUAAAUUGGUGAUUUAUAUUUUCUUGAUCUGUGAGAUCAAUGAACUUAAUACAUACUAUUAUAAAUGGUAAUAAAAAAAAACAAACCUCAUGAUCUAUACAAUUGUUCAGACAAACUGAGCCUCAUUAAUGUCAUUAUCCAGUGUAGAGGAGGCUAGAUUCAUUGGAUAGUAAAACAUCUAUGCACAUACAGAGCACUUUUUCCGUGGUCAGUGAUUGAGGUUUUUUUUUUUAUUUGCUUGCUAUAGUGCACUUAUAUCUCAUUAUUUGUAUCUUUGUUUUAUAUUAACACAUUUAAGGUCUUUGCUUCAUGAUGUCCUGGAUGUCUCCUCUAAAGCCUGUGUUCUAAAAUAAUGGAAAAGUUACACAAGUUUAAACAAAUAUGCACAUUUUUUUUCAUUGCUAAAUGACUGGGCAUCAGUGUGGAGUUGCUAUAUCUAUAUCGCUCUCCACACUUCUUUGUAUGGACACUCUAGUCUCCAAAAAAACUUUAGCUUGAGGAAGCAUUUUUGGUUUAUAGAUCAUGCCACUGCAGUCUCAAUGCUAAGUUCUCUGCUAUUUAGGAGUUAAAUCACUUUUUUUUUUAAUGCAGACCUAGUCACACCUGCUAGCAUGUGACUUACAUAGCCUUCCUUAAGAUUUCCUGUAAGGAGUCAUCUAAUGUUUACACUUCCUUUAUUGCAAAUUGUUUUAUUUAAAAUUUCUUAUCUCCUGAUGGGUUAAUUGUUUGCUAGACACUGCAGGAGCCUCCUGUGUCAUUCAAUUUACGGAGCAGGUGAUUAAAAAAGGAAGUGUUAAAAAGUACAUCAGAUUGAACCAUUUUGUUUUCAUGCAGGCUGUGUUUGUCACAGCCAGGGAGGUGUGGCUAGGGCUGCAUAAACAGACACAAACCUGAUUUAGCUCCUAAAUGGCAGUGAAUUGAGCAGUGAAACUUUAAAAGCAUGAUCUAUACACAAAAACUGCUUCACUAAGCUAAAGUUGGUUUGAUGGCUUGUGUCCCUUUAAGUCUAAAGAUUUAAUACAAUGGAUAUAAAUUAGUUAUGCAACUUAGACGUUUACGAAGAAAAAACAAUGCAAACAAAUGCAGAGAUUGCAACUAUUCAAAAACUUUGAAAAAGUACAAGCAGCAUUAGCUACUCAACAGUUGGUUAAAUAUAUCUAAAACACAUUUAGUAUUUUUCAAUUGUUAAACAUUUUUCCCUCAAACAAUCUUUCAGUCAUAUUUUCAAAAUAAACCUUCUACACAUUUAUUAUGCAAAAACAUUCCGCAGGAUUGUCUUUUUGCUUGUAACAAUUGUACCUUUGCACAAAGCGCAAUACAAUAUUUGAUAAACAAAUACAGGAGGUAAGGGCCCUGUGCCAGUGGGAACUUACCAGUGAGAAAACACACAGGACCUUCUUUUAAUUUUAUUUUUUUGCAUUUAUACACACGGUGACACACAUUCACUUCCACUGAUACACACAUGCUAGUCAAAUUGUCCAUUUGUUUUUUAGUCACCCUCCUGCUUCGUACCUUUUUUUUUUUUUUUCUACCUUCGUACCUUUUUUUUUUUUUUUGCUGUAGGGGUCAUGUUGUAUCUGCUUGCGGAGGUAGUUGGAAGCCAGUCUGGCUCUCUGACUUUGCACCCUCUGUUCUCCUCCUGUGAGACUCUGUAGUAUUGUCUGGAUGGAAGUGACAGGCUCUCACUUCCUUCUAAGGGUUGUCAAUAUGAGAGGAGUGGAGUUGGAUUUAUUAAAGGCCCACCACCACAUGCCUAUCACCUCUUCCGAAGUGCUGGCCCCCUUAGCAUGCAGGUCCUGGUGCAGCCCCACCAAUUGUAGUAGUUCCGCUGCUGAAACUUACAAUACUAUUUGAGUAUACAUUACUAGUCAUGUGGUGUUUUUUGUUUUGUGUUUUUUAUCUAUAUUGUUUGAUUCUGCAAAUUUAUAUAUUCACCAUUACUGUAUACAAACACACAUUGGGUAAAUCUAGAAUUUAAGAAAUGGCUCACAAGCUAAAACCUAAAUACAUCCCCCUUUUUUAAACUGUAGCUCUACAAUAGGUUUUAGAGCAGGUGAAAAUCUUGCUAAAUUAAAUAGUCUUUGUGGAAAGCUAUUCAUGAUGACUCUUGAGAGAAAGAGAUGGGAUUUUACUUUAUUUUUUUAAUAACGCUGUCAUUGUUCAUUUUGACUCCAUCUUGAAAACCGCCAGCUGAAUUAUUUUGCCAGAAGCAGGUUUGUAACUAAUAACUCUUGAAAUAGAAUGUAUCAAAUGCAUGCCCAACAGUUCUCAAAGUGCAGACAUGGCCCUUUCAUUUUCUCACAUUCUAGAAUUUUAUUCCCUUUAACAACUACAAAAGUGUUUAAAGGGAGACUCGAGUUAGUUCACCUAUUCUUUAUUUUAAUGAAUUGUACUGAUAAUGCAUUGAAAGAAAAUAUAUGCAAAAACAAGAAAUUGAAGCAAAAUAAAUGUAUCAUUCAUUUAUAUAUAUAUAUAUGUAUUAAGGCAAUUUGCCUGCAUUUGUGGGAGGUGCUGGUUUUCUACCCCUAGCCUACUUAAGGCACUCCCCUUGCCUGGCUCCUUACCGUUCGAGGUCAGCGUUGAAUGAGGAUCCACUUCCGGGUUCUCUCAGACGCCAUCUUGGUUUCAGUAUCCAGGAGGUUUCACCACGUUAAGCUUUGUCCAGGAAUCCUGUUCAGGCCUUUCCGCCCGUCCAGCUUCUUCUGACUCUGUUCUCCGUCGUAGAUCGCGUCCCAGGGACUCCUAAACCGUAAGUCAGACCUUCCUGUCACGCCAGGACUGGUUCCCACGGCGUACGGUACAGCACGGGUCCUCGCUUUACGGCUUUUCCCUGGUUAUGACACGAAUGUUUCAAGCCAUUCGCGGGCUUUUCAUUCGUACGGUCAUUCGGCUGAACAUGUUUUAAAUCGUUCAAUAGUCAUUUCGCAUAUCCUAUUCAUGUUAUUUAAACGAAUGUUCAUUCGGUUGUUUUGCCGUUCGGCAAAUUUUACAUACGCUCAUACACGCUUUGGUUCGCAUAAAUCAUACGGUUAAACUAUUCUAACUUCUGUGUUCCCCUCACAUUUGCUUUCGGCUGUUCUGUGUGUUCACGUAUAAUCCUUUCAUGAAUUAUAUUCACCAUUUCAUGUGUAUAUAACAUUCGGUUAAAGUAUUGCUUGCUUAAAUAGAUUAUUGUUGAUUACUUUUAACAAAUUGUCAGUAUUGUAUUACGUCCACAAAUCAAGUCCACUUCUCUGUGUAUACCAUUUGACUCCCACGCUUUCAGGGGUCUGCAUUACUUAUCCAUUUAUACGAAUGGACUCAGCCUAUGUUACAAGCCUCAUUUCUGGGUUAUUUAUACAACAUAUACAAGGAUAGGUUCAUUUAAGCAAUAAUUCUCGGGUUGAUACGUCUUUGCUAUACAUACAUAUCAUAUAGAUAUACAUCACUUUACAUCAUGUUAAAUCAUUUUGGGGUAUCCCUGCCUUUGGUCUUUCUGCUACAUAUCAUAUAUAACGCUGUGUUAAUUAGGCCAUGACCUCAUCCAUGUCCCUUUCUAUAAAACCAGUUACAUUUCGGUACAGAUCAUUGAACUCCCACGCCAGGAGUUUUAUAACUAUCCAUUUCAUUUCAAUUUACUCAGCCUACAUUACAGGCCUCAUUUCUCUGUCAUGACGAUGACACAUAAGGCUUAAAUCCUUUUGCAUGCAUACUCGGGUUGAAUCACACGUACUGAUCCAACCAAUCAUACGUCCCCUACACAGUCAUAUACAUAUGUAUAUAACCUACGUUUCAUGUUUUCCUUUACACACCAUUAUCACGUAACACAUAGAUUGUUUGUACAUAGGCCACGGCCUCCCUCAGAUGUCUUAUUCAAGCAUGCAAACAUUUCUGAGCCACUCAUAGCUAUUCCCAUGGUAUCAACAUAAUUUUAUACAUUGCUGCUACAGACUAUAAGUCUGGUUCUUUUUACACCCCACACUCAUCGUACUACUCUUUUACCCAUUUUUAGGCUGUCGAGCUUAUAUAAUUGCUCCACACGGUUUAUUCCUGUGAUUUAUCAUACUACCAGGUACGUACACCUGCUCAUAUGGUAUUCUACCAUACAUUUCAUUUCAUCCCCCUAGUUUAGAGUACUGGCAAUAGGGUCACAGGAUUCCCAAUAGGUAUUUACCCCAUCUUGGCUGUCGCCAUUAGUUAGUGGUCCCGCGAGGCCAACACCCCGCCUCAAACGUUUCGGAGGCAAACACCCAUCGGGCCACACGUUAGCUAGCCGCCUCGCAUGUUGCAAAGAGAGGGCCUCACCUGUCACUCCCUUCCCCUGUUUUCUGUCGUACAGUCACCGAGAGGCCUAAAACUCUGCCACUACGUCAAGUGGCCUCAAUAACCCCUCGCGCCAACGCAUAGAUAGAGCCUCUCAAGCCGCUUGGCAAUUAGUAGGGCCUCUCCUGUCACCAAACAAGCAUAAUACUUUCGCCAUCCGGCCUAGCUAGCCUGCCAGUACAAUUUGGUGGUUCUAUAUACUAAUUAUUGUUUUAUUUAUAGUAUGUCUCAGGAAGGGGUAGAGGAUUUCUCCCUGCCUAGCACCCCGGCUAGAGCUGUCACUCCCACACAAGGAGGAGAGCUAGCUAGUCCAGCAUCAAUUAGAUCCUGGACAAUCCCGCGCAUAACCACGGAAUUAAGGAGACGACAAAUCCCCUACCCCGCUACAGCAAGGAAGGCAGAACUUUUCAAACUGCUACGCACAUCAACCAAUAACAUGGAAGCCGGGGAAGGAUCUAGCCAGUCCAACCCAGGGGACAUACAGGCCAUGUUAUCCUCACUCAUGGCAUCCAUGGGCAAGGUCAACUCCAGGCUGGAGAAACUUGAGUCGGUCACCACGCCCUCACUCUAGCAGGGCCACCCGCGGCUGCGGUACAAACACCAGCCUUGCCAUUAGUCGCUCCAGCCAGCCCCCUGGAUGACCAGGAAGUUAGCCCAGCCCACAUGAUACCUGAGCAUAUCAAAAGGGAUAUCCUGGAAGGUAAAGACGUCAACCUGGCUUCCCUGUUGAUUGCCUCCCAGGACAUUGUGGAACAUAAGACGUAUGCUUAUGAUGAUGUUUCUGUUAUUGUCAGAUCUAGGGAUGCCCGCCUGAACAGGAAACUGACUAUCCCUGAAUUUGUACUAGCGUUUGGUAUUUACAGGGAUGUCGUCUGUGCGGUUUAUCCCAACAGAAGAGAGGAGUUUGAUCUCUAUAUGCACAAGCUGGUAGACCUGGGCAACAAAUAUGGUGGUUCAGCAUUCUAUGACUACCAUAGGUCUUUUUCUGCAAAAGUGGCUGGAGCCUUCUCCCAGUACGGUACACGAUCCAACUGGGGAAGGAUUGAUACCGUCUUAUUCUGCAGACACUUUGCAGGUCUAAGAACACCAGCUUGUGCAUACUGCUCCUCCACAGCCCAUACUACUAAUUUUUGUCCCAACACGGCAGACGGACAUGCCUCCACACAAGGAACUAGUUCCUCUGGGGAUCCAGGGAAACUAUCCAAAGACAAAUUGGGACGCCCAAUCAAGUUUCUGGGCAAGUCCCAGAUAUGUAAUAAUUUCAAUGUUGGGUCUUGUAAUUACAGUGGAUGUAGACUAUUGCAUGUCUGUUCAAAAUGUUUUAGGGCACAUGCUAAGACCAUGUGUCCAAAUAAAAUGUAUUCUAAGCCUUACCUUACGUCCAUUAAUAUGCCAGUAUUCACAGCAUUGAUGUCUCAGGACCCAUCUAGACACCUGGUAGAUUUUCUUAUUUCUGGUUUAACAGAAGGCUUCCACACAGGUAUCCUACACAUACCAGCUGGCACUCUGGAAUGCCCAAACCUACAAUCCGCCCAACACAACCCCACAGUGGUUGACACCCUCAUAAACCAAGAAGUGGAGGAGGGCUUUGUAUUGGGGCCUUUUAGAACUCCCCCAUUCACAGAAUGGCGCACCAACCCUAUUGGUAUUGUCACAGGGAAAUCUUCCCAAAAACAGAGACUCAUCAUUGACUUAUCGGCUCCCCACUCAUCGGCCAACCCCAGUCUUAAUUCCCUCAUACCCUCUGAGGAAUUCUCUCUGCAAUACACCACCAUAGAUCACGCCAUUACAGCCAUCAUACAAGCAGGGGUGGGAGCCUGGCUCAGUAAGACCGACAUUACUAACGCCUUCAAAUUACUCCCUAUCCACCCCACACUGUGGCACCUGCAUGGCAUCAAGUGGUCCGAGAACUACUAUUUUUUCUCCCGGUUAACUUUUGGGUCCAAAAGUAGCCCAGCUAUUUUCGACACAUUUGCCGAAGCACUAUGCUGGUUACUAUUGAACAUAGCCGGAUGCCCUACAGUAUUACAUUACUUGGACGAUUUCCUACUGGUCGAGGAGAAUACUGCACCUCCCACUAGCCUCAAAGCUACCACUAAGCUGUUUGAGCAACUAGGUGUACCCAUCUCCCCAAAGAAAACAGAAGGGCCAGACACGGUUAUCACUUUUCUGGGUAUCCAGUUAGACUCUGCCACAAUGCAAGCAAGCCUACCUUACGAAAAGAUAGACAAUAUUCUCACUUACAUAAACAACUACCUACAGCUCGGCACUUGCAACCGCAAAGAACUACAGUCCCUGCUGGGGUCACUAAAUUUUGCAAUGCGCAUCAUACCUCAAGGCCGCUCCUUUAUUUCACGACUAUUGCAUCUUUUCCCACUUUUUCUACAUGACACGCACAGGUUGUCCUUAGAUGCCCAAGCUACGGCAGAUCUAAACAUGUGGAAGAGGUUUUUAACCACUUGGAAUGGUAAAAGUAUGUUCCUCCCUCAAUUGACUGAAUCAUCUCCUACCAUUUGGUCAGAUGCGGCAUCUACCACUGGUUUUGCAGCAAUUUUUGGGAACGAAUGGCUUUGGGGCAGCUGGCCUUCAGCAGUUCUGGAUUUGGAAGGUUUUUCCACUACCUCAGCUCUUUUUGAGAUCUACCCCAUAGUGGCGGCUGCCGUAGCGUGGGGUCAUUUAUGGGCUAAUACGCCAGUGCGUUGUUACUCAGACAACCAGGCGACCUGUCACAUCAUCAACAAAGGUCGUUCCAAAUCUCUUACGAUUAUGAGAUUUCUGAGGAAACUCACUUGGUUGGCAGCUUGUCAUAAUUUCUUCCUAUGUUGUUUCCAUGUGCCAGGUGUAUAUAACACAGCUGCUGACAGUUUGUCUCGCUUUAAAUUUCAGGAGUUUCAUCAAGCACUCCCGUCAGCAGCACCCACAGCCACCAUCACUCCAACAUUUCAACAACUCAUACUGGACUAGACGUCAUCAUGCAGCAUAGCAGGACAUUGUCUCAGUUGGCACUUUCACACAAUACAAACAAAACAUACAACAGGGCUUUCACACUAUUCAAACGAUUCCUUCUGGAACAUAACAUCAUACAACCGUUUGUUAUGACAUCUUUUUUGGGGUUUGCUUCCUUUUGCCACCUUAAACUCAAAUUGUCAUAUAACACCAUCAAACUCUAUCUCACUGGCAUUCAACACCACAUGCUCAUCUUACACCCAAAUAACAACAGUUUCAUGGCCUCUCACCAAAUUAAGACCAUACUCAGAGGUAUUCAAAAAUCAGAACCCACACAUUUGGCCCAGAGGCUACCCAUAGAUAACCAUAUCUUCAAAGCUUUAUCUAACCUACUCGACCUGAAACCAUUUGACACUAAUACGAAUUCUAUCAUCAAAACAGCAAUAUACAUCGCUUUCUAUGGAUUUCUACGACCCAGAGAAUUCACUACGACCUCCACGACCCAAACCACUCCAUUCCUCCUCUAUUCCACUUGACAAAACAUAUGGAUCAUUACAUCCUGUCUUUACCUCACUCCAAAACCAGCCAGCACAUACCUGUAAACAUUCCGUACUACCCCACGCACAACAGAUGGUGUCCCGUAAAAGUUCUUGAUGCCUACAUACAGCACCAUCACUUACUGCCCUCGCAACCGUUAUUACAACUACAAGGUGCAGUACUCACCACUACAACCUUCAUGACCUACGUCAGGUCCUUGCUCACACAACUGGGCCUCAACGCAAACAAUUACUCAGGACACUCCUUUCGUAUAGGAGCCGCGUCCACAGCCUCCAGUUUCAACGUCCCAACUCAUGUUAUCAAAACACUGGGGCGCUGGAAGUCAUCCGCUUACUCACGGUACAUACCGAACCCAGUACAAGAGUUAAGAGAUGCUUUCAUAAACAUGUCUGGUUGAUAAAUGUAUAUGUAUUGGUGGUCUGUUAAUAAAUUGGAUUACUUAAUUUUUGCCCUCUUCUUUCUCAGGCCUACCUCAUCGUCGGUUUCGGCACACCACAACCGACUUGCUCCUUUUAUCAUCCUACGCUUAUUCAUGGUAUUUUACACUGUAGUAUCUUAAGCACCUAACACAAGUAUUAAGGCAAUUUGCCUGCAUUUGUGGGAGGUGCUGGUUUUCUACCCCUAGCCUACUUAAGGCACUCCCCUUGCCUGGCUCCUUACCGUUCGAGGUCAGCAUUGAAUGACCCUCCCACCACACCACUUUUAACAUUUAUUUUCCUUUCUAUUUCUUUUCCUGGGUGGGCCCUCUUCUUUCUCAGGCCUACCUCAUCGUCGGUUUCGGCACACCGCAACCGACUUGCUCCUUUUAUCAUCCUACGCUUAUUCAUGGUAUUUCACACUGUACUAUCUUAAGCACCUAACACAAAUAUAUAUAUAUAUUUAUUUUUUAUUUUAUUUUUUUUAUUAUUAUUAUUAUUUUUUUUUUUUUUCUCCAACAUUACUAAAAACCUAUCUCACAUGUAACCCUGGCAUUAAAAUAUGUACUGCUAGAAUGUGGAAGCACUAUGUGGUAAGUGUUGUUACACUCACAAUAAACACUCUGUAUCUACCUUUAUUAUGAAUGGCGAGCUACUGAUUGGCUAGUGCGAUCAGCUGACACUCUAAGCCCCAUCAAAACAAAUACUUGUUUAGAUUGUUUUGAUCCACUGUAUUGAGCUACGGAAUUUGCUGGCGCUAUAUACAUAAUAAAAGUAAUUAGAUGGAAAAAAUGGAGCAGAGUGAGCCUUGUAAAAUUACCAACCGAGCAAGAGGAACCCCUACACUGCAUCACUGGGUCUAUGACAAACUUUUCAAAAACGGUUUAACCCAUUAAGGUAGGAGUGCACCUGGGAGCCUCUUGGUACCAUAGCAACUUGAUUUAGAUCAAGUUGUUAUGGUGACCAGUGUGUUUCUUUUAAUGAUGUGUAUAGCAGAGGUUGAACAAGUGAACGACUCCCAGAAAUUUUAAUUAUGACAUCACAUGUAGCUGCACCAAUUAAUUUAACUAAAGAGGAAAAUAUGAUUAGGAGUGAAGCGCUGAACAGGUGCACUAAUGGACCAAAACGUUUCAUUAUCAUUUUGAAAAUAUUUAACUGAAGACACAGGUUGUCUGGUGUAUUCAACCUCUAUCUAUGAUGAUGCCAUGUAGUAGUUUGUUAGGUCUACCUUUUUAUCUGGGCAGUAGUGAGGGUUAGGACUUUAGGAGUUAAAAAGGCGCUAAGGGGAAUGUUAAAAAAUUUUGAGUUUUUUUGUUGUUAAUGUUUCUUCCCUCUUCCUGAGGCUUAGCUUGGGCCAGGGAGGGAGAUCUGGUUCCAAGUCUGUUUGGAAAGGUACAGGGUCAAAUAUAUUGCUUGCACGUUAUUUAUUAUUUUUUUUUACUUUUACACAUUGAAACUUGAAGUGAUUUUCUGGGCCUGUAAGCUUUUGAGUGUCAGCCGGGAUACCCCCACUUACCAGUAUCCCUAUUUUUUGUGGGAGGGGGGAGGUCACGGGGACAAAUAUAUUGGACGUCCAUUUCAAAGUUGGAAAUUUGACAAAGUGAUUUUCUGGGCCUAUGUCGCCUUCAAGAGAGUAUGGCAACCUGGGUAAUAACAUUUCCCCCGGGAUUUUUUAAAAGUAGGCAACCCAGUUUAAUCAAAAUGGCAUAAUUUUAGAUGUUUGGUCUAGCCACUUUAACAGAAAUGCAGGAACCAUGUAACAGUUAUACUUUUGUUUGUGGUUUCUUUUUUUUUUUUUUUUUAUGCAUGAAUUCCACUUUCACAGGGAAUUUCAUAAUCCUGAUAUUGGUGCAAUAAAACAUCAGUUUUUUGCUUUAACAUUGUCUCCUGAUUAUAUGAGUACUUCAUGUACCAGUUUUGCAGGUUUUUAUCAUCACACAAACCAACUUUGAUCUGAGGCUUGAGAGGCAGAGAGAUAUGUGAUAGAUACUGUGUGAAAAUUUUGAAGAGUAAAAAAAAAAUAAAGCAAUUUGUAACCCUUCCAGUGCUGUCCACCGCAUUAACCAUGUGAUUUAUUUUUUUUUCCUUUGGGUGAAGUAAUAUGGUAAUUAAAUAAGAAAUAUAUUGGAUGCCCUUUUCAACUUGUAAAAUGUAUAGUGAUUUUCUGCUUUAUGUCCUCUUGGAGAGAGCAUUACACCAUAAGAACAGGGUGCUAUGUUCAGGCACAGCUAACAAAGCGUAUUUAGGACAGGCUAAGGUCAGAAAUCCCGUAGAAUCCAACAAGCGAACAAAGUCCCAGGCAGAGUGAUUUAAUUAAAGUUCAGGCCGGUAUGGUAGAAUUUGAAAUGGUGUUAUGCAGAGGGCAGGUAGAGAUGGGCAGGUAGAGAUGGGCAGGUAGGUUAGUAAUAGCUGGAGUCCUUCUGGAAUGUCUUCUUGCCCCAAAGAGUGUAGUGUGGUGUUUGCUACAUUUUUCUAAAGGGUGUGUGAGAUUUGAGAAGGGAAGGGUUUGCCACAAAGUCUUUGAAUAUCGGGGUCAAGAAUGCACAAGCAACUUACACCCUAAAUGGUAGUUAAUUAGGGAUAAACACACACUAGAAGGAUUUGGGAAUUGUUAUAGACAACAAAUUAGGCAGCAAUGUGCAAUGUCAAUCUGCAGUUGCUAAGGCCAGUAAGAUUUUGUCAUGUAUAAAUAGGGGCAUAAAUUCUCGCCUCUUUAUAAAUCGCUGGUAAGACCACACCUUGCAUAUGCUGUGCAAUUUUGUGCACAAGUUCUAAAGAAGGAUAUCAUGGCACUAGAAAGUGACGAGCUACAUAUUUGAUAAAAUAAAUGGUGCAUUUUAGUUACGAAGAAAGGUUAAAAAAUGUUUAAUCUCUUUGGUUUGGAAAAACUGCACCUCAAAGGGGAUAUGAUAACAUCAUACAAAUAUAUUCCAGCCAGUACAAACCAUUAUCUCGAAAUCUAUUCAUAAACAGGGCUAUACAUAGGACACAAGGCUGGAAAAAAAGGAGAUUUCAUCUAAGGCAAAGGUUUUUUAUUUUUUAUUUUAUUUUUACAGUAAGAGCAAUAAGGAUAUGUAAUUCUCUUCCUGAAGAGGUGGUUUUGUCAGAGUCCAUACAGAUGUUUAAACUGCAAUUGGAUAAAUACUUGCAAAAACAUAACAUACAGGGUUAUAAUUUAUAAUUAGUGCGGUAAUAGCUGCUUGAUCCACGGAGACAUCAAAAAAACCUAUGUGAGGAAGGCUGAACUUGAUGGACACAGGUCUCUUUUCAGCUUUGUAACUAUGUAAUCUCCUGAUUCCAAAGUAGGAUCGGAGGACUGAACAACAUCCGAACGUUCUAUGCCGGCCUUUAGGAACGCCUCUUAAGGACAGCAAAGGUUUUGUCUAAAUAGUCUGCUUUGUUUUAUAUUUUUUUAUAUUCAUGUAUUUUUUUAUUAUUUAUUUCCACCUGAAACCAUGAUGUUUUGCAUGAACAAACCUUAUUGAUGCCCCUUCCCUACCAGUAUGUGGGCAAAUAAUCUUAGUACUGAAUCUUCAAAUUGCCAACAUGCAAAGCCUUCCUGGACUAAAUUUAUGGUGUGGUGUAUGUUUUAUAUUCUUUUUUUUCCCCUUUAUGGUAUUGGUCAAACUGGGCAUUAAAUUAAAAAAAAAAUGUAGUGCAGAAACGGUUAAUCUAUUUAAAGUGGUCAUGGUUCCUGAAGUGUGUGUUACACAGUUACAGUAUGAAAUGCUACACAUAGUUUAACCCCUUUAACGGUCGUUGAGGCUAAUGUCUAUUCUGCUCAUGUUUUCAUGCACAGUGAGUCGUUGGUUAUUUAUUAUUUUUAUAUUAGUUGAUUGACGGCAGUCAGCUGAUGCUGUCAGCUAGUGAACGGCAACUGGAUAGACUUCAGGCUUCAGCACUCUUGGUCUAGAAUUCCAGAAGGGACCUGGGUAAGUGGGUAUCCCAUUCCCAGUAAACCAGGUCAUGUGCUACUUACAUCAUACCCACUACAGCAGUCUUAAGGCUGAGGGUUUCAUAUCCUGUGUUGCCCCUUCAAACAUUGAGGUCUGCCACCUCUUCCGAAGAUCCAAAUUAGAUAUGGACCUUAUCUCCUUAUUAUCUUAUUACUUUGUGUAAUAUAUGUAUAUUGGUUUAGUUAUGUUUCUAGAUUUCUAGUUUGUGUACAUUGAAGUAGACAAUAUGUAGAUGUUUAUUCAUGUAUUGUUCUUUCCACCCAACAGAUGACCAGAAAAAAGUCCAAGAAGAUUUUGAUAUAGAUAUGGAGGCUCCAGAAACAGAACGGGCAGCGGUGGCAAUACAGUCCCAGUUCAGAAAAUUCCAAAAGAAAAA